AUGAAGUUCUGGGGUGUGGAAGUGAAGCCGGGACAGACAGUUUAUUGCGACCCUGGUGAAGGGCGUGUUGUUCAUCUCACACAGGUUGCCCUGGGUGAAACAGAGAAAAGAAGUGUCGGCAUACCAGUAUCUGCUAAAAUUGGUGAUCAGAAGGGGGUCAUUGGAACUCUGUCGGCUGAAAAUCACCCUCAGAUUCUUUGUGAUUUGAUCUUUGAGAAACAGUUUGAGCUAUCACACAGUUCAAAAACUGCCAGUGUGUUUGCGUGUGGUUACAAGAUUCCCAAGCAUAACUGCACGUCUGAUUCUAGCGAAUCUGAUUCUAGCGAGUUUGAUUCCAGCGAGUCUGAUUCUAGCGAAGAUGAAGUGGAAACUGUAAACAAUCAAGUGGCCAAUCCUAUUGUUGGCAAUGUGGCAAAGCCUCCGACAACAAAGGAUGAUAAAAAGGUUACAGAUAACCAUGACAGUGGUGAGGAUGAUAGUGAUUUUUAUUCUACAGAUUCAGAUGAUUACGACGAUGAUGGGUACAGUAGCUUAGAUACCGAUUCUGAAGAGGAUGGUACCAGUAGUGAAGAGAUGGAUACCAGUAGCAAAGAGGAGGACAAAGACAGUCCUAAGCCUGAGGAUGGCAAGAAAGCGGUGGCCGAGACUGCCUUGAAGACACCUGCCUCUGACGACACCAGUAGCAAAGAGGGUUCAAGUGAUGAGGAAGACAAAAACACUCCUAAGCCCGAGGAUGGCGAGAAGACGGUGGCCGCCGAGACUGCCUUGAAGACACCUGCCUCUGACGAUACUAGUAACAAGGAGGGUACAAGUGAUCAGGAAGACAAAAACACUCCUAAGCCUGAGGUUGGCACGAAGAGGGCGGCCGAAACCGCCUUGGAGACGCCUGCUCCUGACAAGAAGGCAAAGAUUGAAACACCAUCUGGCCAGGACACAGAUGACAAGAAGACUGUCCAUGUGGCAACUCCCCAUCCAGCAAAGCAGGCCGACAAGGCGCCUGGGAACAGCAAGCAACAUCUCAAGUCCAAAUAUGUCCGCGGCGCCCACGCCUGCAAGUCGUGCAGCAGGACAUUCGGCAGUGCUUCGGCGCUCCAAUCCCAUGAGAAGGCGAAGCACGCUUGA